CUGGCCGCAGUGUCCAAUCGACUGGUGAUGAGAGCAGUAGGCGGAGCUGAUCCCGGCGGCAAGCUGAGUUGACGUGCGGUGGAGGAGGCGGGGACCUGUAUGAGGGACAGGAUGGAAGUUGCUCGGAGUUAGUGGAUUCUCCGUGACGGGCUGUCUGUUGUUACUGCGGCGGGUGUUAGAGCGGAGGUAGCCGACAUGGAGAACCCGGCGCCGAAGAGCAAACUUAAAAAGCUGAGUGAAGACAGCUUGACGAAACAGCCAGAAGAAGUCUUUGAUGUUUUAGAAAAGCUUGGCGAAGGCUCAUAUGGCAGCGUCUUUAAAGCCAUUCACAAGGAGUCCGGCCAGGUUGUUGCAAUCAAACAAGUUCCUGUGGAAUCAGAUCUUCAAGAAAUCAUUAAGGAGAUCUCUAUAAUGCAGCAAUGUGACAGUCACUAUGUAGUCAAGUAUUAUGGCAGCUACUUUAAAAACACUGAUCUAUGGAUCGUUAUGGAGUACUGUGGGGCCGGAUCCGUCUCCGACAUCAUUCGAUUGCGGAAUAAAACGUUAACCGAGGAUGAGAUUGCUACAAUACUUAAAUCAACGUUAAAAGGGCUUGAAUACUUACACUUUAUGAGAAAAAUCCAUAGAGACAUAAAAGCUGGAAAUAUCCUUCUUAACACGGAAGGUCAUGCCAAGCUGGCAGAUUUUGGGGUGGCCGGCCAGCUUACGGAUACUAUGGCGAAACGCAAUACCGUAAUAGGAACUCCAUUUUGGAUGGCACCGGAAGUAAUACAAGAAAUCGGGUAUAACUGUGUUGCAGAUAUUUGGUCUCUGGGGAUUACUUCUAUAGAAAUGGCAGAAGGGAAGCCCCCAUAUGCAGACAUACACCCAAUGAGGGCUAUAUUCAUGAUUCCUACAAAUCCUCCACCUACCUUCCGGAAACCUGAGCUGUGGUCAGAUGAAUUCACUGAUUUUGUGAAGAAAUGUUUAGUGAAGAACCCAGAACAAAGGGCCACUGCCACACAACUGCUACAGCACACAUUUAUCAAAAAUGCUAAACCUGUAUCGAUUCUCAGAGACCUCAUCACAGAAGCCAUGGACAUUAAGGCAAAAAGACACGAAGAACAGCAGAGGGAGCUUGAAGAGGAAGAUGAAAAUUCAGAGGAAGACGAGCUGGACUCUCACACCAUGGUCAAGACGAGCUCGGAGAGCGCCGGGACCAUGAGAGCGGCCAGCACGAUGAGCGAAAGUGCCCAAACCAUGAUCGAGCACAAUAGCACCAUGCUGGAGUCCGACUUGGGCACCAUGGUGAUAAACAGCGACGAGGAAGAAGAGGAGGAAGAUGGCACUAUGAAAAGGAAUGCGACUUCUCCGCAAGUACCGCGACCAUCCUUCAUGGAUUACUUUGAUAAACAAGACUCUAAAAAUAAGCCACAUGAGAACCACAAUCAGAAUGUCCAUGAGCAGUACCACAUAUCCAAAAACGUCUUCCCCGACAACUGGAAGGUUCCUCCUGAUGGCGAUUUCGACUUUCUGAAGAAUUUGAGUUUCGAGGAGCUGCAGAUGAGACUAAAAGCCCUGGACCCCAUGAUGGAGCGAGAGAUAGAAGAGCUGCGGCAGAGGUACACGGCAAAGAGACAGCCCAUCCUGGAUGCUAUGGAUGCCAAGAAGCGGAGGCAACAGAACUUCUGACAAGUGCCGAGUCUCUCUGCAGGAACCUUAUUCACAUUUGGACAUGACCAUUUUAUAGGACUCCAGAAAGAAAACCUGUGGCCGUCACACAGAGGUUUACCCCCAGGAGCAGUGGUUGGUUGGGGGAACUUGUGUGUGUGUGUUCAUCUUCAUGCAUCAGUUGUGUUCUCUCCUCUUCACUCGGUCACUCAGUGAGACGGGGUGUCAGUUGCCCACCUUAAUGUAGAUUUCUACCCGUCUAGAAAUCUACAUUUUUUACUGGUAAAACUUUUUUUUACCCUGAUUCUUUCACUAGCAACCCUUUGCCCUAGUCCAUGCAUGUAGUGAUAUUGUUACGGGGAAUCCUUUUCUCUGAUAUGGAGGAGGAGGAACACAGUGACAACAUAUUUAUGGAGAACACAGCCAGCAUAUUCUUUUAGUAUUCCUUCAUAUCAAUAUUUCAGGGACAAUAUGUUCAACACCUUGGGAAAUAUUAAUUUGCCUUAAAGUUACAACUUAUCUAUUUAUUUCUUUGUGUUACAUCCGAUUGUGACGUUCAUUAGUGACCAAACGUUCUGUGUUUUUGCUUUUUGGGCUCUGAGGUCUAGACCUAAUGUAUGUUACAUGUUCUACGCAUCAGCGAUGCAGCGUCACAGGGUGGUUUCAAGAUUGCUUAUAGCCCAUGACUCCAUCUAUUGAGGGAAAUCUCAUCUGUGCAAUACCUCCGGCAAUGAUUGUGUGACCGCUGCGGGAAACAUGACGGAAUUCCAAACCUCCUACCACGGGCAGCUCUACAAGAGAAAUCCAGCAUAAUUUAUCUAAUAUAAUUUCCCCCAGCUAGUGAGGCCAUUUGCUAGGGUUUACUGAGUAGGUUCUCCCAACAUCCUACCUUCUAGAUAUGUUGAUUCACAUACUGUCCAGGUUCUAUGGCCGGAGAGUCUCGAAACUAAGGGGCAUGUGUGUAGGAGAAGAUUGUUUGGUACUCCUUGAAUAACCAAGGUACCAGGGUUGGGGUGGACUGUAUUGUAUUGUUAAUAUAAUUGGGAUUCCCCACCGGCCCAUCCUUUCUGCCACAACCCCUCCAUAAUAACCGUAAAGACUGAGCAUUUUAUGUUGUUUUGGAGUACCACAGUAAGGACUGCAUGUGUCUUCCGUGUUCAGAUCGGACUAGUUUUCAGAUUUGUCUUUGGUGGGAUAUUUAAGGAUGGAGACACUAUUCAAAGUUUAGGGAAAUGUUUGCAGUGCAAUUUAAAAACAGUCACCUAAGUAUAGAUAUUAUGUUAUCCGAAUGACUAAGAAGUGUAAUUCUUUUUAGGCCUAAACAUUUUUUUUUUCCUUUACUGCUUGCAGAAACGUGAGGAACUUGAAUGUUCAUAAGGUCCAGUCCCCAAGUGUUAUGUUGUGCAGUGGGUUGUAGCAGCCUAGACACCGUUAUAUAACCUGUAAACCAGAGCAGCUCUUCUAUUUACUGAUCAUUGUAUCACACCCAGUCCAUAGGAUCUGGAAAUUGGACUUAGUGGGCAAUCUCCUAAUAAUUUCAGCAUUCUCCUAAUAAUUAGAGAAGCCUACUGACCAUAUGUGUCCUUUGCAGAGCAGAAAAUAUGACCUUUAGCCCUUUCACGAUCAGGUAGAUGAAGCAUUGGAUUCAGUGUGUCUCUGGUAAUUGCUAGCUUACCUUUGGACCUGUUAGCUAGUAAAGCAGGUAAUGAUUUUCCUGGAUAUUUGAUAGCACUAAAUGUUAUUUACGUGAGUUGCAGCUUUAAGCAGGGCUCUUUCAUUUACUGGUGGCCAUAAAAUGGGUAUUAAAUGUCCACAGCGCAGGUUCCUGCAAUGACUGUUUGCACUGAUCUUGUCAGCUCCUCCGGAUUUACAGCCGGUUUUCUCACCACUGCUAAGCCCCUGUACAUUAUUUUCUUACCGCAAUUGACAGUUUUAGCAUAAAAUAAUUGGUGUAUGAAGGCUCUGUUAUUUGUGGCAGCUGCUGUGUGUUUAUUAAGUCUAUCCCGCUGUUAUUUAUUCUCACAGUGUAGAAAUGUCCACCCUCAAUUAAGGAAUCGCUACUUUGUUUUAUAGGCCGUGACUGCUCAGUGCUGUUCUGGGCGCCUCGGCCUCUGUGCAGAAUUAAGUAACCACUAGGACAUUUUCAGUGUUAAAGUAGGGUCUGUGUACACAGACGCAUUAAUAUUACUGUUACAUGAUGCGUAGCAAGCCCUCUAAUCUGCUUAUAUGAAGGACUUUCAUGUGUCUGUGUGCUUUUUGCCACUUCAUAUCGUUGUAAAAUUAAAAGGGCCUUUCUGCAUAAUGAUUGAAUGUGUAUUACAACAGCAAGGCUGCUGGAACUAAGGAAAGGGCGUGUUCUGAUUUGGGGGAUAUGAUUGGUCGAGAGCCAACAGCCAGUCACUUGCUGUCUCCAAUGACACAUUUGAAUGUCUUUGCUUUUGAAUUUCUACACCGUCCUUUUAACUGUUCAAUACAGAGAAUUUGACAUUAUUCAGUCAGGGUGGAAUUACCCUUUGAAGCAUUUUGCACUCCUUGGGGCAGAUUCAAUUAGCCACAGUAAGAGCAGAAAGCCCUACAUACUGCAGGUUUCUUUUCACUUAUUGCAGGAUGCAAUUGAAUAGCCCUGGGCUCUGCUAUAAGCUUGCCAUGUAUAAUUGAAUCUGCCCCCUUGUGUUUUGCUUCAGCAUACUUACAAACUGUCCUGAUUUUGCCUCACCAAUAUGUAUUUCUUCAUCAUUCACAAAGCCUAAAGGGUGAGCCCUACGGUAUAGAGCGGUACUUGUUUUUAAUUCUGUAAACUGGUGCUUUUAUUAGAUGAACAAAUCUGUUGCAAAGAUUACAUUAAGGGACCAUUAACUUUUAAGUAACCAAAGAUAUCAUGCCGCUGCAGUCUGAAAACCGUAUUGUAGCCAGUGCUCUCUGGGCUCUCAGUUUUAUUUUGCGAUUUAUAUGGGAAGCAUGCACAAUGUCACAUUGCUGCUAGCAGCCCUGUUUUAUUAGAAAGGAAGGCUCUUUGUUUAAAGCACCUUCACUCUGUGUGCAUUCGUAUUCUGUGAGUCAGCCUACUUAGCUGCCCGGCUUUGCUGGAAGCAUCGGAUUUAGCAGCGUGACCUUGUAAAGGCGGCCAGGAAAGUCGGCACAGGGUUUUCUUAGUGACGUUUACAGUGUAGCCAGCAUGGCAAGAAAAUCGAUCAAAUGACCUCUCUCCCUUAUUUUUUAUUCUGCUGCCUUAUAGACACCAAGGGUCAAGUUAUACCAUCAAUGCGAGGAGAUACCCAUCUGGGCAAUGCCUGCAGCUCUGGGCAUCUGUAUUGUUCUGUGUGAUGUAUCGUGUCUUAGAACUAGCUGCUCUGAAGGUCAGUCACUGGUGACAAGAAGCCCAUUCGGUUGAACGCGUUUUACAAAACAACAUUUGCGUAUGACGGUCCUGGAAGUGGAUGACUGGACAGAGUAAAGGGUUAAAGCAAAACUGCCAUUGUAACAUCAUGGGAUCAAUUAUUCUAGAAACAGGUGAAAUAAGUCACCUCUAUCCUUGGGAGCAGCAAUGGCCCAUACACACAGUGAGAUUCGGGCUAUGUCCGAUUCUCACUAUGCGACAGGGACCAGGUCGACACAAAGUCAGUAUCGCAAACACAUAAUGAGUGUGCCUGCGAUACGAACUAUGGGGGUCAUUCCGAGUUGUUCGCUCGCUAGCAGUUUUUAGCAGCCGUGCCAACGCUAUGCCGCCUCCCACUGGCAGUGUAUUUUAGCUUAGCAGAAGUGCAAACGAAACGAUCGCAGAGCGGCUACAAAAUAUUUUUGUGCAGUUUCAGAGUAGCUUCAGACCUACUCAGCGCUUGCGAUCACUUCAGACUAUUCAGUUCCUGUUUUGACGUCACGAACACGCCCUGGGUUUUUCCUGGCACGCUUGUGUUUUUUAGAACACCCCCUGAAAACCGUGAGUUGACACCCAGAAACGCCCUCUUCCUGUCAAUCACUUUGCGGCCAGCAGUGCGACUGAAAAGCUUUGCUAGACCUUGUGUGAAACUUCAUCGUUCGUUGUAAUAGUACGAUGCGCGUGGGCAUUGCGGUGCAUACGCAUGCGCAGAAGUGCCGUCUUUUUUCCUGAUCGCUGCACAGCGAACGAAAGCAGCUAGCGAACAACUCGGAAUGACCCCUAUGUGUGAUUUUGGCUAAGUGUCAAUUUUGACUAUCUCUUCUAUAGAGAUAGUCAAAAUCGACUUGCCUGCACAGUCUAUCUAUUCUUGCGAUGCCGACUGCGCGGGACCGCACAUCGGCAUCGAAUCGGGAUCGCAAGGUGACUUUCACCUUGCAAUCUACACUAACUUUUCUUACAAUUUUGACUAUAUAGUCAAAAUCGUAAGAAAAAAUCUCACCGUGUCUACACACCAUUAGUCUUCAGCAGUGAAGGAGUUAAUUGCUGGAGCGCUCUGAUGUGCGUUAUUCCAUAAAAAAAAAGCUGAAUUAUUGUAAUAACUUCAACAAUAAUUGAAUACACUGCAAGUUUAAUUUUUUUUUUUUCGUGUAGCGCAAACAAUACGUUGUUGUGGGCUAGGCAACUUUUGGCGCUCCAGCCAUUUCCUUGCGACACCUAACAGGAUCAUCCGACAGUAGCUGGAGUGGUAAAGGUUACCAGUUGUUCACGUUUUACCAGAACUGUUUUUAAAAUGAGGAAAAAUAUUUUUACUUCACAUUGUUUUGUUUUUCUUUUUACUUCACUUUGUUUUGUUUUUCUGUCAGAUGUUUAUAUUUGGUGAAGCGCAGAUUUUUGCGUUGUUCUGUUUGCAGGUUUGCGUGCGAGUUUGUAGAACGUCACUAUCUGUUAUUUUAUCUCUCGUUAUGUAUAAGGAUAACCACUUCAGAACUGUUUCUUCAAUUUGCUUUCUAUGAGAAUUCAUUUUAAUAUAUAACUUACAUGCGGAGCAUAUUGAGUACAGAAUAAAAAACAAAAACCUUUUCACAA